UCCGCACUCAGCCUAUCACAGGGACAUUACUGCAUAGGACUUCUCCCUGGGAUUAUACCCGACACUCUGCCAGCCACAACAAUGACCCUGAACCGCAGCGACCGGAUCAAAAGCCUGGAGAAGAGACGGGGCAGCAUGCCACUCGCCAUGCACCAGCAGCUCCACCGGAGGAGCAUGCCAGCUGACGACAAGGAGCUCCGAGGAAAAUCUCCUGCCGGGGAGCUCUCCAAACUAGUCCGCUACCCCUCCUACAACCCGGCCGACGAGCAACGUGAGAGCUGGGCCUCCGACUCUGUCAUAUCCUCGGGAAGUGACUCCGAAGACCACCUCUUCAAGGUCAUCAUGCUCGGAGAGCAUGGAGUGGGCAAGUCCAGCCUGGCCAGGAUCUUCGGGGGUGUGGAGGAUCUUCAGGAUGUAGAAGAAGCAGGAAACACAUAUGACAGAUCGAUAAUGGUGGAUGGGGAGGAAGCCAGCCUACUGGUCUUCGAUAUUUGGGAGCAGGAUGACAAUCACUGGCUCCACAACCAAUGUAUGAAGAUGGGGGACGCCUAUGUCAUAGUGUACUCCGUGACCGACAAAACCAGCUUCGAAAAAGCCUCCGAACUCCGAAUCCAACUGCGACGAGCUCGCCAGUCCGAGGACAUCCCGAUUAUCCUGGUUGGCAAUAAAAGUGACCUCGUCAGAUCGCGGGAAGUGUCUGUGGAUGAGGGCCGGGCCUGCGCUGUCGUGUUCGACUGCAAAUUCAUCGAGACCUCGGCCUCCCUGCACCACAACGUCAAGGACCUGUUCGAGGGCAUCGUGCGCCAAAUCAGACUGCGCAAGGACAGCAAGGAGGACAACGCCCGGCGAAUGGCGAGCAGCAAGAGGCGGGAGAGCAUAGGCAAGAAAGCCAAGAGGUUCCUCGGGAAGAUUGUGGCCAAAAACAACAAGAAAAUGGCUUUCAAACAGAAGUCCAAAUCCUGCCACGACCUGUCCGUGCUCUGAGCGCCCCCCCCUCCCCCAAUACUGGACUUGAUCUUCUGUGACCAGGAGACGUAGAAGGCGAUAGACUAACCCAAAUUAGAACUCAGAUACUUGUUUCUAAUUUAUGCCUUAAUAAGAAAAGACUUGACAACGUUGCAUUACGAGUUCUGUGGCGGUCGGACGAUUGCGCCCACGAGCAACUUUGUGCCUCCUGACAUGCUCUGUGUCUGACCGGUUGCUUUGGGCUCGGAGGAAGACGCCAUUAUCUACGUUUGUUUUAAAACUUGAACAUUUUUGUACGCAGGUCCGUACAGACUUUUUUUUUUUCCUUUUCUCUUUUUUAUUUUUAUUUUUCGGUUUCUUACAGUGAGCCAUCACAGGAAUCACGUGGGCGCCGACGCCUCGGGACGGACAUGUAGGCGACUGUAAUUUAUGAACUGUAUUGCACUUCCAUUGAUUGUUUUCAGACGGUUUUACUAUUUGUUUACAGGCAGAUUUUGUAAUAAACUAUUUACUGUAAUUAAAAAAAA